CUGCUUUACCAACUCCAGAGACCAUGGUGGAGAGUGUUGGAUCAAGCCUGGACCUGAGGACACCAGAGACCAUGGUGGAGAGUGUUGGAUCAAGCCUGGACCUGAGGACACCAGAGACCACGGUGGAGAGUGUUGUAUUAAGCCUGGACCUGAGAAAUGGAUUCCUCAGAGCUGUAAGAACUGUGACCAUGUUGAGGACUCCACACACUGGCUUCAGAUUGAACCCUUGACUUCCACUGUCCAGGGAGUGACAAUGUUCAGACACAGGACACCCAAAGGGAGUUAUGAGUGCACAGUGUCUGGGCUCCGCUGGCUGUGUGAGAGAGAUGUCAUUCUGAAGUAUCACUUCAGGAACUGGGAACCCUACAGUCAACUUCUGAAAGACAUGCAGUACACACAAGGUGGUCCAUUGCUGGACAUCACUAUGGAGUUAGGUGAACUGGAGGAAGUUCAUCUGCCACACUGUGUCUGUUUAGGGACCAACCCUUCCCUGAGGAAUGAGAUGAAGAUUCUUCAUGUAGAGGAACAUGGAGUGUCUUUUGAGGAAGUGCAUGAGGUCACCAGAUUCCAUGCUAAGAUUCUCCAUCCCAAGUUCUCAUCUGUCUCUGUUGUACUGAACUAUAUCGCCUGUUGGAACGUAGAUGUCCACUGUGACGUGAUCCUCUAUUUGGCAGUUAAAAGGUCAACAGUAAUUUCAAGGCUGUACCUGCUCCUCAGAAACUCCAGUCAGAAAGAGGCUGUUCAGGAACGGGAGAAAAAUCAGCUGUCCCAAGGAUAUUCCGAAUUUCUCCUGUCAAAUCCAAACGGGUCCUUAAAGCUGAACAAUUGGUUUGCACUCAAGAAUCCCCUCUCCACUUCCAUCAAUCCAGAGAAGAUUCAGCUGUUACCUGCAGACACCACACCAAGCUGUUGUCAGAUGAUUAUGGGAAACACAGGGGUUGACAUUGAGAUGGAGUUAAUCGGGGAUGAUGAGAGGAUAGCGUGGAGAGAUAUGCUACGAACAGAUGAAUACAUCACUGUAACCCAUUCAACUAGUGCUGUGUCGGGGGCAGGAGGUCCAGCUGUGAGCAGUCUGACUGGUUCUACAGAGCACCAGCUGCGUUCUGUACGGACAGAGUUUGUAAAACGAGUGUCAAGACCUGUCCUGAAUGGACUGCUGGACGGACUCCUGCAACACACAGUCAUCAACCAGGAGGACAUGGAGUCAGUGAAGGUGAUCGCUGAGAGGGCAGAGAAGGCACGUGACAUCAUCGACAUGGUGUUGAGAAAAGGAACUGAGUCGUGUUCCAGGAUGAUCAACCUUCUUUGGGAGCUUGACCCCUGUCUUUGUUCACUGCUUCAGAUCAACAGUGUUGGGGUGCCAACCUAAUGGUAGAAUGGAGAGUAACAGUGUUGGGGAACCAACCUAAUGGUAGAAUGGAUAGCAACAGUGUUGGGGUACCAUCCUAAUGGUAG